AGCUUCGACCGUUUCCAAACCAAACGGCCGCCUGAGCUAGCACAGGUACACAGGCUCUUCUCCCGUUCUUCUUUUCUCAGUCGGUAUUUGUAUUCCAAUGUGUGCGAAACGAAAUGUGCCCCGGUGAGUGGGAAACGUGAGAAAAGAAAAAAAAAAGUGAAAAAGUAAUCACCCAACCGGUCGAACCGAAAGCAUUCCUACUGUAUUGUACGUAGAAACGUUUCGUUGUCAGCUUGAUGCUGUUUUGUUUUCAUUUAGUGAAUUCGUCGGUUCUAUUCGUUGAAGUUUGUUCGUUAAUUGCAUAAGUUUUAGCGUGUUUUUCAAAAUGGAAUGCGAAGAUAUCGAGAUCGAUGAGAAGUUUGUGAUAGAUGACAAUCUUGAUACUUCUGAUACUGUUGAUGAUGAGAGAAUAGAAAAGUGUAUUAUUGAUGACAUUUUGAACCGCCCGUUUGCAUCCCGUACCAUGGAGGAACAAAUGGCCCUGGUAAAGAUGCAGGUUCCCCAGCCGGAUAUGAAACGCUUAGUAACAGUUAUCCGCAAAAAAAAUGUUUUAACGACCCGGCGUUUUUAUGGAAAAGCCUACGAAGUCAAAUGGGUCUGCGGUUCCGAAAAGCUGCAAAAAUUGUUCUGUUGGCCCUGCCUUUUGUUUACGAAGCCCGGCGAUAAAGGGGUCUGGAAUAAGAAAGGGUACAGCGAUGUGAUUCAUAUAAGUGCCUCCAUCAAAGCACAUAGCUCAUCCAAAGAUCACAUCGAAAAUGCGCUAUCGCUUCAAACUUUUGGGAAGCAGGGUGUUGAGGAAGAAUCCGAUCACGAGAAUGAAAACCAGGAGAAACAACAAUUUAAUGCGACAGUUCAGAAAAACCGCACAGGAAUGAAAAGUUUGAUUGAAGUAGCAUGCUUUCUCGGCUCUAGGGGUUGGAGUUUAGAGAGCGGAAAUUUUCAGGACAUGUGCUCACUGCUGGCCUCCAAAGAUGAAAGCUUUCAACAGUUUUUAAGUUCCAAUAAAAUUUUCGCUGGCCCAUGCUCAACAAACAUCCAAGAGGAGCUGAUAUCCGCUAUUGGAAAGGCUAUGAUGCAAGAAAUUAAGGCACAAAUCGUGAAAAAAGAGUUCGUUUCUGUGAUUGUAGAUGAAGUAAAGGAUGCUUCACAAAAUUCGAAACUAAUAAUCACUCUACGCUAUUGCACGGAGAACGGUUCCGUAGUGGAGCGAUUUGUUGACUAUCUGGAUGUGUCGCAGGAUGCAACGGCUCAAACCCUGUCAGUGCAAAUUGCGCAAAUCAUACGUGGAUGCGCAAUUGCCACGCCCAAACUAGUUGCCCAAACCUACGAUGGAGCAAGCGUGCUGUCAGACGAUAACGGCGAACUACAGGAAAUAUUGGUUAAGGUUUUUCCGAACGCUGAUUUCGUUCACAGUAGAAAUCACGAGUUGAACUUGGUUCUAAUCAAAUCAUGUUCUGCAAACAUUACGGUAAAAAAGUUUUUUUCAAACAUCUCGUCACUAAAAUUUUUCUUUACUGAGAGUCCCAAGCGCAACGUCAGGUUGAAGGAAUUUUUGAACAAAAAACUACCUAAACUUUCAACAAUGACCUGGACAUUCACAUCACGGAUGAUGAAUGACAUUCAGGAAUUCUACGCCAAAAUCAUCACAUGUCUUGGCGAAAUUUAUUCAGGAGAACUGAACUGGAAUGGGGAAACGAUUUGUACAGCAAGAGGAUUGCAUGGAUUUUUGUUAGAAUUUCCUACAGUGUUCCUUCUCAAAUUAUUCUCACAAAUUUUUUCUAACAUGGAUACUUUAUACGAAAUUUUGCAAACAAACGAAAUGGAUAUCUCAAGAUGUGACGAAAGUGUAGAAGAAGCCAAGCAUUGCAUGAAAGCAUUAAGAAAGUCGGAAAACUGCGAAUUCCUAAUCGAGAAAACCAUCUCAACCAUAGGUCAGUUGACCCAUCCGGGUGACAAAACAACGUGUGUAAAAUUGUUCAACGAUACUCUACAGCUAGUAGCUGAGCAGUUGGAUAAACGAUUUGAAGACCUGCUCAACUUUUCGUAUUUUUCGCUCCUGAAUUGCAAACGAUUUCGAGUCUUCGGCAAAUGCUCUCCCAAGGAUGCUAUCGAAAAACUUUGCGAAAAGUUCAGUUUGUUCGAUAAAUUUCGAUUGACGAAUGAGCUGAGAGUUCUUUAUCAGAAACUUGAGUUCAGGAACAAGACUGCCGCACAGAUUAUCCAGUACCUCACGAAAAGCGACCUAGCAGAUGUGUUCGCUGAAGUCUUCAAUCUAGCAAAGCUGAUCGUCACGAUACCAUCGACUAGUGUUUCAGUCGAUGAAGCAUUGUCGGUUUCACAGCGAGUCGAAAGUUUUUUUAGCACAACAUCGCAAGAGGAAAAAACCAAGGAUCUAAUGUUGAUGGCCGUCGAGAAACAGCUACUGAAUGACAUGCAGUCAACGUCGAAGUUCAUCGAUCGUGUCAUUGAACUAUUCGUGGACGCUUCCCAGAACAUGAUUCCUCUUACCUUCAAGUAAAUGUUAAUAAAUGUUUUUGUAACCUCAAAA